AUAAAGAGCCAUAAUUGUUAAAAACAUAAAUUAAGCCUUGUAACUUCUAAAAUUUGCAGAACGAGUGAUCUUAAUUUUAAAACUUACUGCUUUUCUAGCAGAUGAAGGUGGAGGGGAGUCCAUGUCAACAAUAACCAAGAGAUGCCUCUUAUUGUUGGAAAAAUGUAAGACCAUGAAUCAGCUGAAGCAAUCUCAUGCACAGUUAAUCACGUGUGGCCUUGGAACCAAUAGCUUUGCCCUCAGCAGGUUAUUGGCCUUCUGCUCAGACCCAUAUCAUGGUAGCCUAUCCUAUGGAUGUAAAAUCUUUGAACAGAUUGAACAGCCCACCAUUUGCAUAUGUAACACAAUCAUCAAAUCUUUCCUCCUCAAGGGGGAACUAAUCAAGACCAUAGAAGUAUAUGCCCAAAUGUUGAGAAAUGAGAUGUACCCUGAUAAUUACACUCUUCCCUAUGUGUUGAGGGCUUGUGCAAUAAUGCGAAAUUGUCAUCUAGGUGAAUCAAUUCAUGGGCACAGUUUGAAACUUGGCUUUUUGUUUGAUGUUUUUGUGGGUAAUACUUUGAUUGCCAUGUACUCUGCAUUUGAUAAUAUGGUUGCGGCCAGACAUGUGUUUAAUGAAAUUCCUCGGCAAAAUGUUAUGUCAUGGACGCUAUUGAUUUCUGGGUAUGCAAAACAAGGGGAUGUUGACUCAGCGAGAUUGAUGUUUGAUGAAGCACCAGUGAAGGAUAGAGGAAUAUGGGGUUCUAUGAUUUCUGGGUAUGUGCAGAAUAAUUGUUUCAAGGAAGGAUUACAAUUGUUUCGCUUAAUGCAAACGGCCGGCAUUGAACCUGACGAGGCCAUAUUUGUGAGCAUACUUAGUGCUUGUGCUCAUUUAGGUGCUUUGGAUAUUGGGAUUUGGAUUCACAGAUAUUUGGAUCAAUAUGGAUUGCCAUUGAGUGUUCGUUUGGGCACUGCUCUCAUAGACAUGUAUGCUAAAUGUGGGCACUUGGAUUUAGCUGAGAAGGUAUUUGACAAAAUGCCUCAAAGAGAUACUAUUUGUUGGAAUGCUAUGCUUUCUGGAUUGGCAAUGCACGGAGAUGGUGAACGCGCUCUCAAGUUGUUUUCUGAGAUGGAGGCGUGUGGGAUCCAACCUGAUGACAUUACAUUCAUAGCCAUUUUCACGGCAUGUAGUUAUUCAGGCUUGGCAUAUGAAGGUCUAAGGGUGUUGAAUCGUAUGUGUAAUGAACACACUAUAGAACCCAAGAGUGAGCACUACGGUUGUAUAGUUGACUUUCUUGGUCGAGCUGGGCUUCUUGAAGAAGCAAAGGAUAUAAUCCAGAGGACACCCAAUUUGAGGAGUCCCUCUGAAGAGGCUAUAAGUUGGAGAGCGUUGUUAAGUGCUUGCUGUAGUCAAGGACAAAUUCCACUGGCUGAGGUUGCAGCUGAGAGACUUUUGCAGUUAGAACGCCAUAGUGGUGUCUAUAUUCUGCUCUCAAAUGUAUAUUUUACUGCAGGCCAAUUUGAUAGGGCAAGAAGGAUGAGGAAGAUGAUGAGAAGGGGAGGAAUAGACAAGACACCAGGUUGCAGCUCAAUUGAGAUUAGUGGCACUGUUCAUGAGUUUGUUGCAGGGGAGAAAACUCACCCGCAGAUGGAAGAAGUGCAUACACUUUUGGGGAUGAUGAACAAGCAACCGGAUUAUUCAGGGCGUAACCCAAUUCUAUUUCAAGUUGAUGCUACGUGAUUUGUCCAACUAAGAUGAUUAAUUGUUGAAAAUUUUCUACUAUUCGAUGUCAUUGAUUGUUUUUGAAGCGUCAUGGUAUGUAUAUAACAACAGAUUUGCCAUAUUUUGUUGUUUAGUAUAUAUGUAUAAUUAAAAUCUCUUUGUUUAACUUGGAGUCUGGACAACCACCACUCCAUUUCUAGAUCAAUCCAGCAUUUUUCAUUUGGGUUCUAAUAAGAAACCAAGCAACUAAUGCACAAACUGACUGGUCACACUAUUUGUGCGUUACGUUUUGUAAUUUCAAUGUG